AUGACAACAGGCAAGCUGGAUGAAGCCACGUUGAAGCUCAUGAACUCUCCCAGGUGCCACCUCCCCGACUUUCCUGCCCCACACAACAACAAAGGGAAACGAUUUGCUUGGAGAAAAACCAAGUUGACAUACAACAUAAAUAACUUCCCAACAUCGUCAUCCGACAUGCAAGAUCCCAACAAUGUUGGCCAAGCCAUUCAAACUGCCUUCAACGAUUGGACUUCAGUGGCCAUCUUGGACGUGCAGAGGAGCAGUGCAACAAACGCAGACAUCCAGAUUCAAUUCAGGAAGAGAAGCCACGGAGAUGACUACCCCUUCGAUGGACCUGGAAUCAUUCUGGCCCAUGGAAUCAACCUGCGCCAAGUAGCCACCCACGAAAUCGGUCACGUGUUGGGUCUUGAUCACUCGGACGUCAGCGGAGCCGUCAUGUACCCCUACUACAGCUUUUCGUCCAACUUCAAACUCGCAGAUGAUGACAUUAGGGGCAUUGGCUCUUUAUAUGGUCAGUUUUCAGUUUUAUAUUUCUAUAUUUUUUAA